CUCUUGCAGGCGCACCUGCUUUCGCACCCGCCUGCCUUCUUGUCUUUACUCACCCCCUCAUAUUUUGCUCAUUUUCUCGCCAGCUUUCGCGCCGCGACACAUGAUCCUGAGGAUACCGACAUUUUGAGCUUCGGCGCCUCCCUUCGCCUCAUAACCCCACAACCCCACAUCCCCACACGCCACCCAUCACACAAAAGCCAUAGAUUCCUCUUCCCAUCACUCCACCACACUACACAGCCGGCACGAUGACAUUCAAGUCGUUCCCGCUGAGCAGCGACAUGGUGUCCGUCUCGGACGAGGACUACAACGGCAUCUCAGGUGCUCAUCGCAUCCUGUUGCAAAUCACGGCACAGAUUCACCGUCUCGACGCAAGCCAUAAUUCGAUUGGCACCAAGGGCGCCGUUUCGCUGUUUGACGGGCUGGCGAGCGCACGCAGGCGUUUCUCGAGCCAGCCUGAUGCCGAGCUCUGGGGCAUGAGGGAGAUCAACCUCGCCCGCAACGAGAUCGGGGACGAAGGCCUCGCCAGCGCACUAUACUACGUCUCCAAGGACCAGGCCAUGCGCUCGCUCUACAUGCAGGCGAACCAGAUCACUCUCGAGGGCAUUGCCGAUAUCGUCGUUGAACGCAUCAACACAUCCAACCUCCGGAAGCUCUCGCUUACAAGCAACCCCCUGUCGGCGCAGGCGGUCAACAAGCUCUUCGCCCAGCUCAAUACACCCCACCUCCGCGAGUUGCACUUGAGCAUCUGCGACCUGCCACCGUCGUGCGUGCCAGCUAUCGUGGAAUUCCUCCGCUCGCCCCGCAGCCAAAAGCUCGGCGUGCUCGAGCUCAACGCCAAUGCACUAGGACGGCUGGGCGUGACGGCGAUCCUCGACGCGCUCGAGUCGGCCAACUAUUCAGUCUACCGGAUCGGGCUGAGCGCAAACAAUGCGGCGCCGGCACGUGCGGACUCGCCGCGCAGCGACAGCGAGAACGAGGACGUGUGGCGCGAAACGCACGGCGUGUGGGAGUCGGACGAAGCGAUGAGCCGGGACGACCCGCGCUCCAUGAGCAACCAGAUCACCCACCGCGUGCCGGCGCUGCAGAGCCGCAACGCCGAGCUGGGGCGGCGGGUGCGCAAUGCCGCGAGCCGCGCCAUCGCGCCCCUCCGCAUGAUCGUGCAUGCGCGCGCGCCGACCGCCACGGAGACGGCGCAGCGCGUGCUGGCCGACGCGGCGCCCGACGCCGCCGCGCCUUCGCCCCACUUCCCCCUCCUCGAGCUCCCGCCGGAGGUGCAGCUCGUCAUCGCCCGCCAUGCGAGCCAGGACGCCGACGCCCUCGCGGACGACCAGUGGGCGCGCCUCGUUAGCCACGCCAAGGAUCCCGCUAGCCUCUCUAAGAUGGCCGCGCGCAUGAAGCGCGCCCAGCAGUCGGUGCAGUUCGGCGCGCGCAACUACCGCGAGCAGGAGGUGCGCGAGGCGUGGCUCGGCGAAAUGGGGUGCGAGUGGUGGGAGCUCGAGGACCAACGAUACUGGGACCGCCUGUAUCGCCGUGCGCCGAGCCGCCGCCGCGGCGUCAGUCCCAACGGGCAUCCGGACGCCAUGCUCCCGACCUAGACACAACUACGAUAUCCCACAACAGACUGGACUCUAUCUUACAUCUGUAUUUUGUACUACUAUAUGUGACUAAUCUGCUUGCCGA